CCAGGUAGAUCUAAUCUACAUUACAGUAAUAGAUGGUUUCAUUAUUAAAAAUUGGCAUGACGUCUUCAGCCAUAAAGUAAAUAAUGUGUAUUUGCAAGAAGUUAAACGUCUGGGAACUUCAUCAUUUCAUGUAUAUCAUGGUACUAGUUUGCAGACGUUAAGACGAUUGCCAAGGAAUUUCAAUUGUGAUUUAUCUCGGAAGCCUGGUGACGAAGAAGCGUUCAUAUUGAAUGAACAUUUUCUUGCAAGGUAUCUUCGAGUGUAUCCUAAAAGUUUCCCGGACACUUUCUUUCCAUGUCUGAAGAUGGAGAUAUUAGGCUGCAGGACCUCUGACUACUUAUCGCUUCAAUGCUCGUUAAACGCCACAAAGAAGAUAUCAAGGGUUGACAAAAUCUACGUUCCCGUUAAUAAGCCAGGUCAUGUUUACGCAAACAUUUCGGUGCAAGAGUGUGAAAGUAAAUGUUUGUAUAAAGAACCCGGGUGUAUUUCAGUCCAAAACAUAGAAAACAGCUCAUCUUGUACACUUUAUUUUGAGGACUACACUCAUAACUAUGUUACAAUGGAAACUGACAGUCCUGCAGAUGUUUUUUCCAUGGUCACGUGCCUUCAUGACCAAGAAUCAACUAUGAAAGGGAGCAUUUGGAUUAUUGAGGAGUUCGAUUUUACUGGACCAGGAUUUCUUACAAGCAUAGGAUAUCCAUUUACAUAUACAUAUGGCUUAGCAUAUAGAUGGAAGCUAGACUUUAUCAAUAAGACUUUGAUGGUACGAUUUUUGGACAUUUCGCUGAAAUCCUUUGAGGAAUCGGAGAAGACAUUUGUUAACAACAUCUACUGUAGGGACUCAAUCAUUUUAAAAGCAUAUUCAAGGGACGCACACAAUAACAGCGAUCCAUUUUCUGACUUUAACACUAUCGGCGACUUUGACUUAUAUGGAGCGGUUACAAGCGAUCAAAAUGGACAAAUGCCAGUAUUUCCAAUGGGUCAUUAUCCUCAUCAUCAACAGAUGUUCCUAGACACCUUCAAUGUCUCUUCGACAACGAGUGAUGAAUUAUCUACCGGCGUUUCGCUGUAUAUCAUCUUCUACUCAUGCUCGUCUGGCACAGCUUUGAAUUUAGGUCGAGGAUUUCGUUUGCAUGUUUCUACAGAAGGUAAACCAGAGAAUACAGCAUUUUCCGUAACCUUUACUUACUAGUAUAGAA